AUGUUGAGAUUCAGCAAUGGAUUGAUGAACACUCUAGCUCCAGAAGGAGCCAAUAAGUACAAUUUUAUAGUACAAAACGAUGGAGAAGUCGUGAAACUGAAGACUAAAGUCGUGACAGCGACUAUUAAAGGGACAUUGAUUGAUGAAGAUCCAUUGGCUGUUUUCAAAAUUGAUCAGAUUUUGCUUCCAAAAGAACUAUUCAAGGAGACGCCGCUUGCUCCGGCUCCAACAUCGCCAACGCCAGCCAAGUCUAAGGCUAAGAGUGGUAGUGAGGAGGAUGCAGAUGCUCCGGCUCUCAGCCAAAACAACGACUCUAUGCCGACCGAUGAGACGACAGAUAGUAAUGCUGCUGCUGGAAUUCAUGGCGGGUGGUUUAUUAAAGGAAUUCUCAGUUGUUUCUUGGAGUUUUUGUAUGCAAUAUUUGAUUGGGGAAAAAAUAUUUUGGCUCAGAAUCCAACUCGUGCAAGUUUGCAAACGUUUCACAUGAGAGAAAAGUGUAGCUUGCUUGUUCCAUGA